AUGUCUCCGUCGACUAUUCCACCACUCCGUGCCGCUCUGAAUCGAUACCAAUUUGAGCCAAGUUUAGAGGACGUCCAAGAUCUUAUUCUUAACCAACAAAAGGGGAACUGCCUGCCGGUUUUCGUCUCCCUACCAGCAGAUCUGCUCACACCGGUCGCGGCUUAUCUGAAACUCACCAAUGGGGCACAGUGUCAAUCAAAAACCUCAUCCUUAACGAGCGAUCAGGGCGUCGAAGGCGUCGAGAGUUUCUUACUAGAAAGCGUCGUAGCCGGGAGUCACCAAGCUCGUUACAGCUUUGUUGGUAGCAAUCCUUCGAAAGUCAUCAGGACGGGUGAAAACUACGCGUUCAAGGGUGACCCUUUAAUUCCGCUGGAAGAAGAACUCAAUAAAUACAAAUAUGUACCCGUGCCCGGAAUCCCCCCAUUCACUGGCGGUGCGAUCGGAUAUGUUUCUUACGAUUGUGUGUUUCACUUCGAACCUACCACUCGGCGCCCCUUGUCGGACCCGAUCGGUAUGGCGGAGUCGGCGUUCAUGAUUUGCGAUACGAUUGUGGUAUUUGACCAUACCUUUCAAACUGUCAAGGUUGUCUCCAACAUCAUCAUCCCAUCUGCCUCGUCUGCGACGGCGGAGCAGGUCAGCGCAGCCUACGAACGCGCAAAGGGGAAGAUCGUCGAUGUGUGCGAUCGUCUAGAAUCUAACCAUGUUCCCCUGCCAGUACAAGAGCCGAUUCCAUCCAAAGAUGAACGUCAACCAGCGGUCAGUAAUGUCGGUAAGCAGGGCUACGAGGGCUUUGUUAGCAGCCUAAAGAAAAAUAUUUCCCAAGGUGACAUCAUCCAAGCCGUUCCCAGCCAACGGCUGAAAAAAGAAACCCGACUGCAUCCGUUCAAUGUUUAUCGGCAUUUGCGUCGACUCAACCCUUCCCCAUACAUGUUUUAUAUCAACUGCGGGCAAGCGGUCCAAUUAAUUGGGGCGUCGCCGGAAUGCCUGUGUAAAGUCAGUCCUGGUGGAGUGGUUGAGAACCAUGCGAUCGCGGGGACUAUCCGGAGGGGAAAGAACCUGGCCGAGGACGAAGUUUUAGCUCAGGAAUUACUUGGAUCGAUCAAGGAUCGUGCCGAACAUGUCAUGUUGGUCGAUCUGGCUAGGAACGACGUCAAUCGGGUCUGUCGCCCAGAGACUGUCAACGUCGACAGCUUAAUGGCUGUUGAAAAAUUCAGCCAUGUCAUGCAUCUCACAAGUCAAGUCAGCGGCGUCUUGAGAGAAGGGCUCACGAGGUUUGAUGCGUUUAGAUCCAUCUUCCCCGCUGGGACGGUGUCAGGAGCGCCGAAACUGAAAGCGAUCACCCUGGUCGCCGAGCUGGAGAAGGAGCGGCGAGGCUCCUAUGCGGGAUCGGUGGGCCGUUUCAACUUUGAGGAGUCCGCGAUGGACACGUGCAUUGCGAUCCGGACGAUGGUGGCAAAGGAUGGGGUAAUCUAUCUCCAGGCCGGCGGCGGUAUCGUGCACGACAGCGUUGAGGAGGACGAGUACAUCGAGACUAUCAAUAAGCUGAAAGCUAACGUCACUUGCAUCGAAUCCGCUGAGGAUUAUCAUUACAACUUACAGCAAUUAUCAACCACCAGCAAACAGGCAUGA